AUGUCUGACUGGUUUUAUCCUUUCUUUGAUGGCCGUAGUUUAGACGUUUUUUGGCUAUACAUUGAAGAAAAGUCGACAGCUCCGGUAUCAUAUAAGUCUACAACUGACAAGCGGCCCGAAGAAAACUCUCAAUUGAGGUUCUACAAGGUUGCCAAACCUAGUCAACUGUGUUCACAGAAGGUGGACAGCGAACGAGUGUUGAUCAACUUCUCCGGAUGCCUAGCUGGAAAGGAGUGA